AAGCUGCCAGAGAGUCAGGUGGCUCCGGGAUGUGCGGCGGCGGCGGCAGGAGGCGGAGGCGGGCACGGAGGAGGCGGCGGAUGGGGGGGAUGCGGCGGCUCCUCCACGGCACACGCUGCCUGGUCUCCCCCCUGCCCGCUCUGGGCUGAGGCGGCCCCGCGCCGGGAAGUCCCGGCAGCGGCGGCGGCACCUGGUGCCGGCGGGCGCCGGGCCGCAUGAACAAUAGGCGGCGGUCCCGGCCCCGCCGCCCCCCGCAGUGCCCGGCUGCCGCGGGCGCCUCCCCCUAUGGAGCAGCCUCGCCAUGGAGCCCCUCACCGAGCUCAGCCAGGAGGGCGCGGGCGGCGGGGAGCCGCCGGGCGACGGGCCGCUCUGGACCGCUGUCUUCGAAUACGAGGCGUGCGGCGAGGACGAGCUGAGCCUGCGGCCGGGGGACGUGGUGCAGGUGCUGUCCCGGGACUCGCACGUAUCCGGCGACGAGGGCUGGUGGACGGGCAAGAUCGACCAGCGCGUCGGCAUCUUCCCCAGCAACUACGUGAGCAGCGGCGUGCAAGGGGCCGGCCCGGAGCUGCGCGCCCGAUACCCGCCGCCCCCCGCCAUACAGCUCCUAGAGAUCGACUUCUCAGAGCUUGUUCUGGAAGAAAUCAUUGGCAUAGGGGGCUUCGGAAAAGUCUAUCGAGCUGUAUGGAUAGGAGAUGAGGUUGCUGUCAAGGCAGCUCGCUAUGACCCUGAUGAGGACAUCAGCCAGACCAUUGAGAAUGUCCGCCAAGAGGCCAAGCUCUUUGCAAUGUUAAAACAUCCCAACAUCAUUGCCCUCAGGGGCGUGUGUUUGAAGGAACCUAAUCUUUGCCUGAUCAUGGAGUUUGCCCGUGGAGGAUCGCUCAAUAGGGUCCUGUCUGGUAAAAGGAUACCUCCUGACAUACUGGUGAACUGGGCAGUGCAGAUUGCCAGGGGAAUGAACUACCUGCACGAGGAAGCAAUUGUUCCCAUAAUUCACCGUGACCUCAAGUCCAGCAACAUACUGAUACUCGAAAAGGUGGAAAAUGGAGAUCUGAGCAACAAGAUGUUGAAGAUCACGGAUUUCGGCCUGGCCAGGGAGUGGCAUAAAACUACCAAAAUGAGCGCAGCUGGGACAUAUGCCUGGAUGGCUCCUGAGGUCAUCCGCUCUUCCAUGUUCUCCAAAGGCAGCGAUGUUUGGAGUUAUGGUGUGCUGCUUUGGGAGCUGCUGACAGGAGAAGUACCAUUCCGAGGAAUUGAUGGUCUGGCAGUAGCGUAUGGUGUUGCUAUGAAUAAGCUUGCCCUUCCAAUCCCUUCCACGUGUCCUGAGCCUUUUGCCAAACUCAUGGAAGAUUGCUGGAACCCUGACCCACACUCACGACCUUCCUUUGCCACUAUCCUAGACCAUCUUACUGCCAUUGAAGAGUCUGGUUUUUUUGAAAUGCCCAAAGAUUCCUUCCACUCCCUGCAGGAAGACUGGAAACAAGAGAUCCAAGAGAUGUUUGAUCAGCUUAGAGCCAAAGAAAAGGAGCUGCGCACAUGGGAAGAAGAGCUGACUCGUGCUGCUGUCGAACAGAAGAACCAUGAGGAGCUGCUACGAAGGCGGGAACAGGAGCUGGCAGAACGUGAGAUUGACAUCCUGGAAAGGGAGCUCAACAUCAUCAUCCACCAGCUGUGCCAGGAGAAGCCUCGGGUCAAGAAACGCAUGGGGAAGUUCAAGAGGAGUCGACUCAAGUUAAAGGAUGGCAAUCAUAUCAGCUUGCCUUCAGAUUUUCAGCAUAAAUUCACUGUGCAGGCUUCUCCAACGAUGGACAAAAGGAAAAGCUUGAUCAGUAGCUGCUCCAGCCCUCCUGCAAGUCCUACCAUUAUUCCCAGACUCAGGGCCAUACAGUUGACACCUGCUGAAAGCAGUAAAACGUGGGGACGAAGCUCAGUCCUUCCAAAGGAGGAAGGAGAGGAAGAAGAGAAGAGAGGCCAGAAGAAAAAGGGGCGCACUUGGGGACCAAGCUCACUUUGUCACAAGGAGCUAGGUGCAGGAGAAGAGGGUCUGAAAGCUCUGGUGGAAGGAUGCAAACAGUGGUCAUCCAGUGCACCAAAUCUUGGGAAGAUCCAGAGAACUGCACCUGCUUUUCCAGGAUUCACCAGCUUAGCAGAGAUUGAUGAUGAGGACGGUGAAUGUUUUAAUGGAGAGGGCAAAGUGCACCCUUCACCUGUGCACAAUCAGUCAUACCUCUGCAUCCCAUUUCAGAAGAAUGAAGAAUGGGAUGGCCCUUCUAGUGAUGCCAAUGAGGAGUCCACCCCUGUAAACUCUGCUACCAGUACCCCACAGCUGACACCCACCAACAGCCUCAAACGUAGCGGCUCCCACCACAAGCGAUGUGAGGUUGCGUUGCUUGGCUGUGGAGCAGUGCUGGCUGCUGCAGGCCUGGGUUUUGAUCUGUUAGAAGCAGGGAAGUGUCAGCUGCUGAUUGAGGAAGAGCCAGAGGUGCCCAAGGAAGAGAAGAAGAAGCGUGACAGCAUUUUUCAGCGAGCUGGACGCCCACGCAGGAGCACUAGUCCACCUUCCCGGAAGAUCUUCAGGAAGGAUGAUCCCCUGUUGUUGCUAGGCGAGCCAUCCACAUCCCUCACCCUUCUUUCCCUGUCUUCCAUUUCCGAAUGUAAUUCCACCCGGUCCUUGCUGCGCUCAGACAGUGAUGAGAUUGUGGUUUAUGAGAUGCCUGUCAGCCCAGUGACAGUCAAGGCUCCCUUGCCAGCCAUUACAAACCCACUGGUCAAUGUCCAGAUCGAGAGGUUCAAACAAGACCCCAACCAGUCCCUGACUCCCACACACGUGACGGUCUCUUCCCACACCCAGCAAAGCGGACACAGGCGCACACCUUCUGAUGGAGCCAUCAAAGGGGGUGGACUGGUUGUCAAUGGGUGCCCAACCAGUGGAUGCCCUUCCAGUAGCUGUUUAACUGGAGCACUGGGAGCAGGUGUAUUAAAAACACCUAGUCCAAGCAGAGAUCCCAGUGAGGUCCCUCGCCUGCCAGACCCCAACCUUGUUUUUCCUCCAACCCCGAGACGAUGGAAUGCACAGCAGGAUCCCACACUGGAAAGACCCAAGACACUGGAGUUCCUACCCCGGCCACGUCCUGCAGCCAGUCGGCAGCGGCUCGAUCCCUGGUGGUUUGUGUCACCCAGCAAUGCCAAGGGUGAAUCUUCUGCCAACAGUUCAAGUACUGAUACUCCAAGCAAUCUGGACUCUUGUUUUGCUAGUAGCAGCAGCACUGUAGAAGAGAGACCUGGACUGCCUGCACUGCUUCCUUUCCAGGUGGGUCCUCCUGCAGAGGAGCGGACACUGUUGGACAUGGAUGCUGAGGGGCAGAGCCAGGACAGCACCAUUCCGCUAUGCAGAAGUGAACUUAACACACACAAAGCUGCAGCAUAUGAACUCAAGCAAGAAUUCUGGUCUUAAUAUGAAACCACUGGGGGCAGUGAGCCCCUCUAAAUUCAAUCCUACUUUUUGCACUGAGAAUGCACUUUGAAAACAGAUGAGAUGGAGGGAUGCUACAGAGAUCAUAUGGUGCUGCCUCUGCUGAAGAUGUGUUGUCAGCUGCCUGAUUUUUGUCUGCAUUUGGGUGAAACUUGGCAAUUCUGAGCUGCUGACUUUUGCUGUGGGGUUUUCCUGUAGUCUUCCCUGCCCUCUUAUUGCAGUUUGAAUCUGCAAUGAGCUAAAGUUAUCAUAUCAAAGUCUAUCAAACUGACCUUGUAGGAUUUGGCACUUGGCAGUAAGUAUAUUGGUAUCCUGGUAUUAAUCAGUAUUUUCAAAUAAUAGUCAAAUAUUACACUACAAGAGAUAUCAGUGUUUGAUGUUUUCCCAAGGAAUCCAGAACAGAAACAAAUAUCUGGAGACUACCCUCUCUGAAAUACAUUCAGACCAUUAGACAGGCCUGGGAAUUAUCAUACCCCCACUGAAAUAGCAGAAGUAGCUAUCUUAAGACUUGUUUGUCCUCUUUUGCUCAUGCAAUAGUGUAAGGUGGAACAGAUGGCAGGAGAAGGGCAUGGCGUCUCCACUGGUGGAGGUCUUUGAGAGCAGGUGAACCAGACUGUUGGAAACAAGUAGGUGUAGUUGAUCCUGGCUUCAGGGUAGGUUGGAUGAACUCCAGUGAACUCCUGAGGUCCCUCUCAGCCCUAUUUAUUUUAUGACCCUGUACUUUCAAGAUGAAGGGUUAUAGUAUAGCUGUUUAGCUUGGUUUUUUUUUUUCCAGAUUUUCGUUCCAUCAGUCUCUUUUCUUCCCACCCUAUUUCUCAGGCUCAUAGUCAAGUUGCCUCAGCUUUGGGAGGGGAGUUAGCAGAAGUUUUCUUUAAAGAUGUGCUGGCUUGCAGAAGGAAGUAAGUUAUGUGUUUCCAAAUGUUUUUCUUUCUAUUUUUUUCUCCUUUCUUACACCUUUCAGGAGUGACCCAUGAAACCCAAGACUGUUCUUAUGCACACUGGUACUUGUUUAAGGCUGUUUUGAAAAUGAAGCUUCUUAGUAGUUGGAUUGUGCAAACAGGAAUCAGAACAUCUGGAUUCUGUUUUAUUUUGUCACUGACUCACUGUGUGACCCUGGGCAAAUAAUGUAACCUCUGUGCCUGAAUUUCCCCAUCUGUAAAUAAUAGGAAUAAUACCUACCUCACAGGGGGAGGGGUUGGGACAUAUAUAAUAGGUAUAAAGUCCUUUGAGAUCUUUGAGUGAAAGGCACUAUAGAUAUGUAGAACUUUAUUCUUGUUCAGAUAUGUAAACCACUCCUAGAUCUGGAGCAAGAACAGACCCCUGUCUGGAAGGAGGAAGUGACACAAAUAGGGUGUGCCUGUGCUCAGAGUUUUCUGUACAAAGACUUAAAGUGUGUCUGUGCCACUGCAGGUAUGUCUUACUGGCUGUAAUGAGAGCUUCAAUCUUCCCCAAAUUGGCAUUAUAUAUAAGGGAUGUGGCCUUUAUGUGAGUGUAAUAGGGUAGUCUGCUUUAUUGCAGGGUACAGCAUGUCUGUUCACUGGUUUUGUACAGAUCUGUGCUUGUUUUGCUAAUCCACUGAUAUUUGGUUGCAAAGAAGUCAUUUGACAGUGCUGCCAGUGCAGUGCUCAGCCUGUUGGGGCAGUCCAGUCCUGCUGUGAAGGCAGGAGAGCGGAAUAAUCCCUGCAGCUAUCAGCACAGUGAACUUGUGUGUUUAGAUGUUUGUAACCUGAUAUUAAAAACCAGCAUGUUUGCGGAAGAACUGUAUGUAAGGCUUUUUAGUUCUGUGUGAGGACUGAAACCAGCAUGUUCCCAUUGGUCAAGAGCACCUUUUUUUUCUCGGAAUUACAGUAUGUUUUGUUUUGAAAGAUCACAUAUUUCUUGUUUAUCACAUUCCAUGAAAAAUGCUUAAUGGCAGGAUUACUUUCUGCUGCCUAUUAAAUGCUCCAGAGCUAGCCUUAAUGGUGCUACACUAGAUGUUGAAGCUGGAGAGACUGUUGACUGUUUAAACAAGGUAUUAUGAUAAGGCAAGAUGGGAUUCAGAUACUUAAAUAAAACAUUUCUGACUAUUUUGUUAAAUUUAGACCUUUGGCAUUAUUGAUUUCUUAAGCAUCCUUUUGCUUUCCAUUUCUGAAAACUCAGUUUGUGACCCAGACACUAGCAAAAAGGCAAAACUCAUCCAACAGAUUGCUAAUUUUGAUUGUGCUAUAAAUCAACCUUACUGCAAUCUCAGUAAGAGGCUGUGUCAGAGGGAUUUGAAAGAAGGACAUGAAAAUAAUUUAUUUUUCAUAGUCUUCCUUUUAAUUUUAAAACAUCUGGAACAAAACUGGAUCAGCUGUUCUGAAAUGUUAUGUUUUCUAUCCAAAAGGUAUCAUUAUAAAUGUCAUAGGGAGUAUCAUCUGCUCUGCAAAGGCAUCCCCCCCGCAUUUGAACAGAAAUCUUUCAAAUCCAUUUACUUGCAUGAAAUGGGAGGACACCUUUCUAGAUCACACUAUAUAACGGAUACAACUCAGACUGCUAAACACUGUGAUAUCUGGCCAGUUGAUUUCACCAAAUGAACUUUUAAGGUUUCUGUCAAGUUCCCAGGAAAGACAAACAUAAAGGCAAGUUGUUCAGGCACCUCUUCUACUUAGGAAAGUUGAGGAUGAAGAAUUGCCCCUGUUGCCCCUCUCCCCCUUUUAUAUAAUCACUUGGUGAAGGUGACAUGUAGCUGAACUUUAAGAAGUACUUUGCUCCAAAGAGUAUCUUUCCUACUGCCAAGUGGACAUUGCUACAUCAAAAAACUUGGUAGGAUGGAUGACAAGAGUCAAGGAUCCAGGUCAGGGUUACCAAACUAGAUACUCUUAUUACAAAGCUGCCAGACAGACUAGCUAGAAGCGUACUGGUUGGUAUGUGUUUGUUUUGUGGUUUUCAUUUGGGGUUGUUUUUAACCUUUCUUUGAUGCAAUUAUUGUCCUUGAAUCUAGCGUGUGAAUUAACCUGAGGAAGUAUUUGAGCAUCCACCUGUAACUGUCUUCCAGUGGCCAACCUGAGGCAUCAGGCAAGAGGAGUCAGUUGUGAAAACAAGGCUGCUGACUUCACUAGGUGGUGGGGUAUUCUCAGGCAGGCAGAGAGGGGGCUCUCAAGACUUGUCAGGUAUUUUAUCUUAUGCACUCCAAAAGCUUUUGCAGCCAGUGUCCUAAGGCCCAGAGGCUGUGUGCAUGUUUAAGCUAGGUCAAAACCUCUCUCUAUUUCCAUCUGUCCCCUCCUGGCUUGAAUUCUCUGCUUUCUUAGUCUGUUGGGGUUUUUUCUUCCCAUUUGUGGGAGCUGAGGUGCUCCAAAUCUCCAAAGCAGGGGUUGACUCUAUUCCGCUAGACAGUGAGAAGGUAUGAGCCCAUCAGCUCAGAAAUCUGUUUUUUCCUACUGGUUGCUAGUAUUUCCAUUUGUCAGGGAAACAAAAAUCUCAGAAUAUUGGUCAUUGGCCUACCUUUAUAGUAGUAUUCUCAAGGAAGAUGGUGAAAAUCUUACUUUAAAAAAAUUAUAACAAAUGUAUUGUUUCCUAAAUGUCUGAAUAAGUUGCCCUUUUGUUUUGUCUGAGAAAAUGAGAAAAAGAAAACAUGAAAGUCACUGAGCAGUCUAAAACAAUGACAAAAGAAUGGAGAAAAAUACAUUUGAAUACAAGCCUUACAAAGAGGAAGUGGCAGUUUUUUAGCUGAUAGUAACAAUGAGAUUGUAGCUGAGAGAAAUGUUUGUGGUUUGGAAAUAUAUUUGUAUUUUUGUUUAGUCAGCUGGCAAUGUGUAUCAUUAAUUUAUGUAAUUGAUGCGCUGAUUUAGGAAAUUAAAUAGAAAGAAGUUUGUCAGGCCUUCAAAGUAAGCUAUCCUUGUAGCCUGUUUAGUUUUCCUGUAAUUGGAAUAUAAUAUGGAUACUGGGGGGAAGGCACAGACAUAGCAACCACUGCAAAAAAGGACAAAUUUUUUGGUAAAUUGCUACUGGUUUCAUAGAAAUUGAAUGUGGGACAAGUAGAGAGAAAAAAGCUUUUGUGUCAAAACUAAGGUGAUUAAAUAGUUACGGAUUCUUUUCUAAUACUGUUGCUUCUUACAGACUGCACAGUGGUCUGUUUUACCAGCAAGUAGGUCUUAAUCUCCUCUCAAUCAUUUUCAGGGGUGCAAAUGUAACCUUUUAUACAUAUUUUCCCUCCAGUUUAUUAUUGUAAUGCGUUGAUACUCAGUAUGGGGCAGGGAACCUUGGUGAAAAUACUCUUUUUGUAGUAGUUCUCUAACAAAAUGAGUAUUUUUAAAGUGAAUUUUGUUAUUGAUGGGGAAAGACCUGUUCUGGUUUGGCAUGGUUUUAUGAUGAAAUAUUUUUCUGUACCUCUAGGAAUGGGAGUAGUUGCCUUCCUCUUCAUAGCAUGCUGUUAUCUUGAGACAUUGUGGACAAUACUGCAUAGAGAUGUAACUGCAAUGUGUCACAAAACUGGAUACCUCUCAUCCUGUUGAAGGUGAGGCAGUAAUGGUCAAGUAAAGAAAGGUCUUUGCCUUUGGAGUGUUUUGUUCAAUAAAACAUGUAGGAAACCUCCGACCUUGAGUCGCCUUUCUAUCUUGAGAUUAAUUUUUAUUUGAAACCUAAUUCAUCUCUGUGGGAUGAAUAUGGGACCUAGAGUCUCAUCGGAUGUAUGGAAUCAAACCUUCUCCUACAUCCCAAAAUUCAGUGAUAGCCCAUUAUUUUUACAAGUAAUUUUAAGCUAAUGUAAAUAGGUUUGUUUCUUUUUGUUUUUUUGAAAUGUUUCUUGCUUUCUAACCUUUUACAUGUACUUUGGAGAUACUCUCAAGAGCUCUUACCAACCCUAUGAAUAAGAAGAGUUAUAUCUUGCAGUGUGAUUUAAGUUCUCCUUUUGGCUUGUUUGGUUUGGUUUUGUUGGUUUUUUUGUUGGUUUUUGUUUUGUUGUUUUGUUUUGGUUUGGUUUUUUGGGAUUUUUUUUGUAUGAAAAAGGACAUUUACGUUUGAAAAGAUUUCUGAUCCUUACCCUGUCCCUGAACAACAGUUUCUUAGCUUCCAUGUUUAGAACUUAUUUAAGACUACAAUUUGGGUAAAACUGGACCUUAAAAGUGAGGGGAUAGAUGUGUUAAAACAUAUUUGCAGACACGCAAUAAGUACAGCAAAUACAAGAACCAAAAUACACUGUUAAAGAGCAUAACUUUCAGACUUUAUGAAUCUUUGGUUGAUGAUAUAAUUAAGGUAUCUAUAGGAAAAAAUGCCUUCUUAUGUUUUUUCUUAAUUUAACUAUUUUAAUAGUAGAAUACAGUGGUUUGCACAGUCAGCUAAUAUGGUAGCUAGCUGGACAGAAAGGAUCUUUAACCAAAUCUGCUUUUUUUUCCUUCUUGUUUUCAAUCCAGGUUUUGGUUUAAAUUUUAUUUUUUUGUCUUUUUUUGGUGUUUAACAAUCAAUAUAGUCUUAAGAAGAACUUAUUAUUGUUAAUCUCACUUUCACAGUUUCAUUAGGCAUUAUGGACAUGAAUCUGUGGCUUAUUCUGGUGCUCCUUCUGUUAAAUGCAUUAGUAGAAAGUCAUGCUGCAGUUAAAAUGUGCAUUUGCUUUUGGUUUUUCCCAUGCUUGGCUUUUUUAAACAGUUUUGCCACUGGUCAGAGAUGAACACAACUUCUGAAAUUACCUACAUAAACUUUUUUUUUUAUGUUGGAAGUAGUCACGCCCAGGCUAGGAAGCGUGUGCUUGAUUAACAAGUAGCUUGCCACUGGUGACUGGGUAGUGGGUCUGAUGUAGAUACUGGAAUUAUUAUUGUUCCUUUCUAACAAGGACCUCCUAUUUUUUGCAACUGGAAAUUCUUCAGCGCUUCCUUAACGCUUGUAUGCGAGAAAUACAUUUUAGCUCCUUUUGUACAUAGUGAAAAAUCUUCCUUUUUCUAAUCAGGAACAUAAUUUUCCUACUGAGAAUGGCUUCUUGAGCUCUGUGGUUUUCUUUGUUAGUUUUCUGUUUGGGGAAAUUAUUUCUUUUGGGUUUGGUUUUUAAGCCUCUCAAUUAUAUAUAUAUAUGUGUUAGGUGCAUCCUUGUAUGCCAAGGUGCCUUCCAUCUCACAUAUCUCCUUGCUGGAGCCUGGGUUGGUUUUUUGGAGGGACCUCCUAGUUGUAGCUUUCAGUACUUUCAGGCCAAAUACCAUCACUAGAAACCUUUUGUGUCAUCCCAUUUACCCUCCUGUGUUGAGCCAUGUGCUAUCACUGCCUCUCCCUAUUUCUGCAUUGGAGUUUUGGCCCUGUCCCAUCUUUGUUGGUUAUUUAUUCUUGUUGCCUUAGUAACAAGUGUGAGGCAGAAAACCAUACACAUUUCAGAUGUGCUUUGACCUAAAAGAUUUCCACACUACAAGCAUAAGAUACAACUGAGGGAAGUGGAAGUUGGCAGGAAAUAACACAGUGAAAUUAUCCUUCUUAAUGUAAGUUAGAGGACAGAGGAAUACUAACUACUUGGUAAACUGUUGGCAUCAUAGUUAGAUUGGAUCCUAAAGAAGAAUUUGAGGAAAGUACAGUUACUUAAUUUGAUAGAAUGAUUUGGGUUGGAAGGCACCUUAAAUGUCAUCUAGUUCCAGUCCCCCUGCCAUGGACAGGGAUGCUUUCCAGGUUACUCAAAGCCCUGUCCAAUUUACCCAGUUUCUGGUUGGUUUUUGUUUUACCCUGAACUACCUCAUCUGUAGAAAUAGAAUGGGCAGAAAGUCUAAGUUUUGGUAAGAAUUGCUCUAAGUAUGCAGUUAAGGUUGCAAUGAGAUGGGAAGGCAGAGGCAAACUUGUAUUUGGCUCUUUGACAUGCAAAUUCCUGAUGCAAAAGUAAAACCAGCUAUCAAGUUAAGAUUAUACUUGCUUUAGAUAUUUAUGUCUCCAAAAUAAACAAUAAAGGACAAAGUGGGGCAUUUUUCUUGAUGGUUUCUAACUUGUGGAAGAGUUGAUUGUCCACAGUCAGAAAGGUGGAGAUUUCAUAUUGGUCACUACUGCUUUUAGAAAUUAUAGUCUCUUUUUUCAAAACAGUUUUUUUUUUUUAAUAAUUUAAUGUGCUCUUAAAGUGGAGCUGUGCACGAUCCUGAUUGUUUUCUUGUAUUUGCAGUAUUGUUUUCCUAGUGUAUCAGCUCCUAAUACAGUCCUUACUGUAUCUGAAUGCUAAUAAUGUGCAGGAAGCCCAAUAGAACUAAUAUUAAGGAACUAUGACACAUUUUAGUGUGCAUUAUGGUGGAUUUUUUAACCCAGCUUGAACUGGGCUGCUGUUAGGUCUGUUGCUGAUGGGUCAGAUGGAUGCACAGCUAGGAAAAGGGAGCUUAGAACAAAUCUGCAGGAGCAAUGCCAAAGUAGUAUUUGCUUAAAAUAAGCAAUUUGAAAAAUAACCAUGGAGGGUGGCAGGGGGGAGAGCCUUAAUUAAUCAGAAAUACAUCUAUCAGAUCUUGUCCAUGUUAAAAGUUUAAGUUACCAGGAUAGCUAGUGAGAAUCUACAUUGUGUUCAAUGUGGCUGAAACCUCAAUAUUAAGACAAGAAUAAUUAAUUUUAUAUAUGCUAUUUCAGACUGAUUAACACUAUCUCCCAUUCUGCCUUGAUUGUUUCAAUUCAGCAUUUUCUCAAGAACAGAUGUUGAGGUUGGAUAAAACUGGCCUUCUCUUGGAGAGGCAUUUAGGUCUGAGAGAGAAGAAACAUGUCUCUAGCCAUGUCCUGAUCUUUUGUGUCUUGUGAUCUUAGCUGGAGAGGUUAUAAUGGUGCAGGAGGACAUGCUGGUGUUGUUCCAAGCUUCAUUAAUAAGAAUGCCUCUAGCAGCAGUUAAGUUACAGAACAAACCUGGUCUCUGAUUACUGUUUGGCAUAGCUUAGUUGCACGCCUUGAAUCUGACUAUAUCUGGAGGUGAACAGAGCUUCUUCCUUGAAUUCUGCUGGAAUUUGUGAAUGUGGCCACUUCUCAGCUGGGGUAAUUUGUUUUCUUCCAGGCUUGGUCAAUGUCACAAAAUCAGUUGUCAUCCUCAACUUAUUGCCCAGAUCCUCAUAGUAGGCUAAUUCUUCUGUCUUGCAUGCUUUAGUGAGUAGCUCUUACAAUGUCAACAGGCUUAGCAUUUGUAUCUGAGCAGAGCAGCUAGUAUCUCUGAUCUGACUUUUCACACUGCUUUUCAAGCAGUUGUUACUCCAUCAGUUCUGCCAUUGCUCCAUUUUCAAGGUUAUCUUGACAACUAUAAUAUCCAGACUGUAAAGAAUAUAGCCACAGGAAAAAAUAAUAGGUAAAAAAGAAAGAAUAUUCAGGAGUGUUUGCCAGCUGAACUCGUUGAAUUUGGCCAGUGCUCUUGGCAGAGAGUAGGAUCCAUUGUUUUGCAACAUAGAUCUCUCUGGGGGAUGGUUUGGUUUGAGCUGCAGAAUUUACCUAGAUUCAUGUAAAGUCCACGGGCACCAGUGCCCAUCAUGUUUGGCAGUUACAAGAAGAUACCGCACAAACCCAAGAGCAGCUAGUAAUAAAAGUUUGUAUUUAGGGUAAUUUUCAAGUUAAAAGGGAAGAGGCCUCAAUUCAGAAAGCUCUUCAUCACAUACUUAAAUAUCACUGAAAUCAGUGGAAUGUAUUUGUGGGUCAAAAUGCACAAGACUCCAGCUGAGCAAAGCUCUUUUAAUCUGAAUUGGGGGAUUGUUGUGUAGAAACUGAUGGUGAAGGACCAGCUUCUUACCUUGAUUGUCAGAGUUAAGAGGUCAGUUAACCUGAGGAACAAGUUCCUCAACAAGCCCCUGGGUCUAAUUGCUGGUUUGAUUGCUGACUCUUGUGGCCUUUCCAUGGCUUCGCAUGCCAUGUCUAUUUGACUGCUACUUCUAACCAUAACCAGGGUAACCUUUGAGAAUGUUUUCUGACAUGGGGUGAAGAACUUCUGCAUUAGCAGAUUGCUAGCUGUAAAGGGGCAGUAAGUGGUGACUGGAGGCUGUGUAUGCAUAUGGCCGUUUAACCUGAGGCCUGUUCUCAAGUGUUUCUUCUCAUUUUACAAAUGCAUCCCUCCAGGCUGGUGGACAGACCUGACAAGCUCAGAGGUGAUCAACAUCUGCCACUUUUACUAGAGUUCUAGGAUUCUUGUCUAUCAGCUGUUGGCCCAGCACACUGUGCUGCUAUAUUUGAUUUCUUUGUCAUAAAUUCAGGACAAGCUGGAAAUAUCUGAGAUAUUUUGCCUGACUUAAGUUGAGAGGCUUAUAUGGAGUGAGCAGGCAACAGUGGUGGAAAAAUCAGGGAAAAUACCUGUGCUUUUAACAAUGUCUCUUCUGUGGCUUUGAAAGUCCAAGAAUUUCUCAGCCAGAGAAUGUAUUUCCUCCUUCUUUUUAUAAGCUACUUCUUUCUUUUGCCUUAUUAAUUGUGGAUCUGCUCCUGCUUCUAUUUCAAGCCAGAUGCAAAAAUUGGUGACCUGACUUUCCUAGGUACAGUGUUGUGAAUCUGAAUAACCAGGUGAGUAGAUUUCUCUAGUGUAAGAUCAUGCCCCCAUGUCUGAUCCUUUGAGAUAUGGAAUAGUUCCUGCUUGUGUUGAAAUCACUGUGUAGAGGGUGUUGGGUACUUCAUUAGGAACUCCAAACUCUGUAGGACUGGGAUUCAUCUUACAGCUGAAGUAUUUCAGUCUGGUUUUGGAGACCUCUGUAUGUCUUCUCUUCCGUUUAUGGUGUUCAAAAGUCUGUUGCUAUGGAAGUAGCACCUGAAGGUAUAUUUUGCCUGAAGAACCUGCAAUGAAGCAGUUACAUUACCAAAUGACAGUGUACCCCAGAAUUGAGUAAAAUGACAGAGGCCACCAAGUUUUUCUUGUUUGUGUGAUGAAAUGUUGUCAAAUUAAGUGAUUUGUUGGAGCCUUCCUUUAACUUCUGUACAGCAGUAAGCUUAGAGGAAAAGAAGAUUGCAUUUUUAAAAAGCUUUAUUUGUGACCUGGACUUGUUGCCUCUGACCCUCUUGGGCUUAAAUAGUUAAAUUAUAUUAAUGUCCAGUUUGUUUCACUGUAGGUAACACAUCAACUGAAUACUCUUGUGCAUAAUCUACUGUAUCUUUCCUCUGUUCUGUGUCAAUGUAUUAUGUGUAUUUGGAUUACAGUUCUUUUUGUAUUAAAUUAUUUUAUGUUAUAGAACAAUAUUUAAGUGAAGCAAAGAGCUAAUGGAAGUUGUUGGCAUUUUGGGAUUUCUUUUCUCUUUGCUUUUUUUGGAUGUACUGUAAAUUGUAAACCAAGGAUGCCAAGCAGGCUUGGUUCAAUGGCUAAAAUUAUUGUAUUACAGUGUAAUGCUGAUCUAGGCCUUGUCUCAACACUAGAGCACACAGACUUGAAUAAAACUGUUAUAAAAGC